GGAGUCUGGGGGUGCGGGGGGGGGGGAGAGAGAGACGAGAGGAUGAAUGUGUCAUAAACGCGGAUAAUUUUGCAGAGGGCAGCGGGUGCACGUUUUCAGCAAUGCGAUGAGGCCAAUGCACUUUGCAAGAGUUGCGCUGCAGAGAGCCUCCGCGGAUCGCACGACCUGUUGCUGACAAGCCGGGGAAUAAGGAGAAGCAGACGGAGAAGUCGGGGUGGAGGGGGAGAGUCGCGCCGCGCCGCUCGGCAGAGACGGAGGGUAGGGUACUGCCUUGGACGGACUCUACGUGGAGGAAAUCAUGCAUCUUGCAAUCUGGCUGGUUGGACUAACGUGUCAUUUGUCAGCGCUCGCCAGGGAAACUCUGCAUUACCGACUGCAUCCGAAACAAGAGAGCUUCAUCAAGCAGCUGUCAUCGUAUGAAAUCAUCACUCCGCUCCGAGUGAACGACUUCGGAGAAUCGUUCCCCCACAAGCUGCACUACAGAAGGAGACGGAGGAGCUUAAGUGAUGACCUGUCGGGCUUGCGGCUUCUCUACAGGAUCGACGCGUUCGGGGAACGCUUCCAUCUCGACCUGAGCGCAGACUCCAGCUUCAUCGCCCCGUCCUACACCGCGACUCACUUGGGAGCGGAGCGGAGCAGCGGCGACGCGGACUCGCACUUCCACGACCCCGGCGACAUGCGGCACUGCUUUUUCCGCGGGCACGUCAACGCGAAGAGCGAGCACCCCGCUGUGUUCAGCCUGUGCACCGGUCUGGUCGGAACGUUUGCGACGCAGCACGCCGAGUACUUCUUGGAGCCACUUUUGAACGUGUCUGGCGCGGAAUACGACGAAGAGCACAACAAACCACACCUCGUCUAUCGACACGAGAGGAGACGAAACGCCUCGCAUCCCGAUGAACCCUGUGCUGCCUCGGGAAACUCCAAGAGGUCGGCCUCAUUUGAGAGCAGAGGGAACAUGGCCGAGGAGCUGGAUUCUCUGACAGCCACAAUCGACCAGCAUCACAUUAAUGAAAACGGCACCAGGCGCGACGGCACGACCACCCCGCGGCGACGCAAGCGCUUCCUCUCCUACCCUCGCUACGUUGAGCUGAUGGUGACGGCGGACGCCAAAAUGGCCCGUCACCAUGGACGCAACCUGGAGCACUACAUCUUAACAAUCAUGUCAGUAGUAGCAGCGGUGUACAGGGACCCCAGUGUAGGGAACCUCAUUAACAUCAUGAUCGUCAAGCUAGUCAUCAUCCACAAUGAGCAGGAAGGACCCACAGURAGCUUCAACGCUGCCACCACUCUCCACAACUUCUGCGUCUGGCAGCAGAGCCAGAACAUCCAGGACGACAGCCAUCCUUCUCACCACGACACUGCGCUCCUCAUCACCAGGGAGGACAUCUGCCGUGCAAAAGAUAAAUGUGACACGUUAGGACUUGCAGAGCUCGGCACCAUGUGCGAUCCGUUCCGCAGCUGCUCCAUCAGUGAAGAAAACGGAAUUAGUGCCUCCUUCACCAUCGCUCAUGAGCUGGGCCAUGUGUUCAACAUGCCUCAUGAYGACAAUCCCAAGUGCAGAGAGGCGGGCAUGAAGCACCAGUAUCACGUCAUGGCUCCCACCCUCAACUACGACACCAACCCGUGGUCGUGGUCCAAGUGCAGCCGCAAAUACAUCACAGAGUUUCUUGACACUGGAUACGGGGAGUGCCUGCUGGAUGAGCCCGUCGGCAGAACGUAUGAGCUUCCCACACUCCUGCCUGGCCAGAUAUACAACGCCAACAAACAGUGCGAGCUGAUGUUUGGGCCUGGCUCCCAAAUUUGCCCCUAUAUGAAACAGUGCAAAAGGUUAUGGUGUACGAGUGCAGAGGGGGACCACAAAGGCUGUCGCACACAACACAUGCCCCUGGCCGACGGGACCGAGUGCGGUCAUGGAAUGUAUUGCAAACACGGGAUGUGCAUAAACAAGGAGUUGGACAUUCGGCCUGUGAAUGGAGAGUGGGGCCCUUGGGGGCCCUACAGCGUUUGCUCCAGGUCGUGCGGUGGAGGAACGAGGAGCACCACCAGAGACUGCAACAAACCUGAGCCCAGAAACGGCGGGAGAUUCUGCGUGGGCCGCAGGAUGAAGUUCCGCUCUUGCAACACUGAGCCGUGUCCACGGGAAAGGAAGGACUUCCGGGAAGAGCAGUGCUCUCAGUUUGAUGGCAAGCACUUUAAUAUCAACGGUCUACCUCCCUCCGUCAGAUGGGUCCCCAAGUACAGUGGCAUACUAAUGAAGGAUCGCUGUAAGCUCUUUUGCCGGGUCGCUGGCACCAUGGCUUACUAUCAGCUGAAGGACCGCGUGGUGGACGGCACGCCGUGUGGUCCAGACACUUACGACAUCUGUGUUCAAGGCCUCUGCAGGCAAGCAGGCUGCGACCAUGUUCUCAACUCAAAGGCAAGGAAUGACAAAUGUGGAGUGUGUGGUGGGGACAACUCCUCGUGCAAAACUCUGGCGGGGACCUUCAACGACGCCCAGUACGGCUAUAACACAGUUGUGCGGAUUCCAGCCGGAGCCACCAAUAUUGACAUCAAACAGGUCAGCUACUCUGGAAAACCAGAAGAUGACAACUACCUCGCUUUGUCUGACGGCCAGUCCAACUUCCUCCUGAAUGGGAACUUUGUGGUGGCGAUGUUCAAAAGGGAAAUCACCUUCAAGGGAACGGUCAUCGAGUACAGCGGCUCGGACACUAAAGUGGAGCGCAUCAACUGCACGGACCGCAUCGAGGAGGAGCUCGUUUUACAGGUCUUGUGCGUGGGGAACCUUUACAACCCAGAUGUGCGUUACUCCUUCAACAUACCCAUCGAGGAGCAGAGGGAGCAGUUUGUGUGGGAUCCCUCCGGCUCCUGGCUGGAAUGCAGCCGCCUCUGUCAAGGUGAGAGACGCCGGAAGGCCGUGUGCGUUCGGGACAGCGAUCACCUCGAAGUAUCCGAUCAACGCUGUGAACGUUUACCUCGCCCCGUUGCUUUUACUGAGCCCUGCAACACCGACUGCGAAGUCAGAUGGCACGUCGCCGGAAAGAGCGACUGCUCGGCGAAAUGCGGCCCCGGCUACCGCAGCCUGGAUGUUCAGUGUAUGAAGUACAGCCAGACGAAGAGACGCAGCGAGAGGAUGGAGGCCAGCGUCUGCGGCGACAUCGCCAAACCUCAGACGAGGGAGACCUGCCAUGGGGACUGUCUGCUUAAGAGCUGGCAGUACAGCGCGUGGUCGCAGUGCUCUAAGACGUGUGGACGCGGGAUUCGCAGCAGAGAGUCUUACUGCAUGAACAACCUGGCCCGGCGGUUGGUGGACAGAGAGUGCAGCGACUACGAGAGGGCAGUGACCGAGUCCUGCAACGACCAGCCGUGUCCAAAGUGGACAGUCAGUGAGUGGAGCGAGUGUCUGGUGACUUGUGGGAAAGGAAUGAGGCACCGCCAAGUGUCCUGCACUACGGGAGCCGGGGAGGAUAAGCUGAGCGAACAUUUCUGUGACCCGUCCAGCAAACCUCCCACUGUGGGGAGCUGCAAACUCCCCGAGUGCGCGACGUGGCAGGUCGGCGUCUGGGGAGCGUGUGCAGUGACCUGCGGACACGGGUACCAGAUGAGAGCUGUGAGGUGCGUUUUAGGGGAUUACGGCGACUCAGUAGAUGACAGAGAGUGCAACGCUGCAGCGAGGCCCAGAGACAGUCAGGAUUGUGAGAUGCCUGCUUGUCCAUGGACCUCUGCAGCUCAAAUUACGCCUCGCCCUGACAACACCGUUCAGCUUGUGACUCAGUGGAGAUUCGGCUCCUGGACUUCUUGCUCUGUGUCCUGUGGGAAGGGGAAGCGUGCGCGAUACGUCAGCUGCCGAGACGCUCAGGGCGGAGUGGCUGACGAGUCGUACUGCACUCACCUGCCGCGGCCCCCGGAGUUCUCCGCCUGCUUCAGCCCCUGUGGUCAGUGGCAUGCCGGAGAAUGGUCUGCUUGUUCGGUUACAUGCGGCGUCGGACGGACCACCAGACACGUGGUCUGCUCCAACUACCACCAGCCGGUGGACCAGUCUUUGUGCGAUCCCGACGAGAGGCCCGCGGCCGAGCAAGAGUGCACGGCUGCUCCCUGCCCCUCCGCCUACAACCGUCAGCACAUUUACGAACAACCCUACGGAUACCCUCAGGAUCCGGGACGUCAUCCGGGACACAGCAGCUGGAACGUCCCGUCCGCAGACAACCAGUGGAGGACCGGACCGUGGGGCGCAUGCUCCAGCACCUGUGCGGGAGGCUUCCAGAGGCGAGUGGUGGUCUGCCAGGACGCCGACGGGCGGAGUAACAGCUACUGCGACGAAAGGGUCAAACCCGCMGAGUCCAAGAGCUGCGACUCCGGGCCCUGCCCCCUGUGGAACUACGGGGUCUGGGGAGAGUGCACCCAGACUUGUGGUGGAGGGAGGAAGACUCGCCUGGUGGUGUGUCAAAGGCCCAGCGGUCAGAGACUCAACGACUACAACUGCGACGUCCUGGACAAGCCGCCCGACGUGGAGCAGUGCAACCUCCAGUCCUGCCCGGGCGCCGCGUCCUGGCAUCGCCGACCGUGGAAGCCGUGUUCGGUGAGCUGUGGCCGCGGCACCAAGCAGCGGGAGAUAGCCUGUGUUUUCCAGAACCAAACCCAAAUAAAGGAUGCGUACUGCGGCCAUCUGCCCCGGCCGCGCGCGCAGAAGGCCUGCCGAGCUCGAGGAUGCCCCGCGUGGAAAGCCAACAGGUGGCGGGAGUGCUCCGUCACCUGUGGGUCUGGAGUUCAGCAGCGAGAUGUUUACUGCAGGCUCAAAGGUUCGGGACGAGUCAGAGAAGACCUCUGCAGUCCUCACCUACGUCCUCCUACAGUCCAAGUGUGCCAGACAGCAGAGUGCACACAUUACACCUGGGUGGCAGGUGAAUGGGAACAGUGCAACGCAACGUGUGGAGAAGGGAUGAAGAGCAGGAAGGUGAGAUGCGUCGGCCCAGGCGCCACACCUGCCCACGACGACCGCUGUGGACCGUCCACCAGGCCUCCAUCUCUCCAUCACUGCAGAGAGGAGCCCUGCCUCUACACAUGGACAACAGGGGAGUGGUCACAGUGCUCCGCCAGCUGUGGCGUCGGCUACCAGCAGCGUUUUGUCUCCUGCUCCUUGAUGCCCUCCUCUUCGCACUCCCAGCGUUUCCACGCUCAGCCGUCCUCCGCAGGCAAAAUCUGCCCUCAUCCUCACCCUCCUGCCACUCAGCCAUGCCUCCUCAGGGAGUGCCCUCACACCUCCUACUGGAAAGUCGGCCCUUGGACCGAGUGUUCGCUGACCUGCGGGGCAGGAGUGAUGGAGCGCAGGGUGGAGUGUGUGACCUCCAAGGGGCAAAUGUCUAAACACUGCCGUCCGUCAGACAGACCUGAAUCGCAAGCUGCAUGUCAAGAGAGACAAUGCCAGGCGUUCACUUCUUGCCGAGACAUUCAGCUGAACCAGGGUGUGAGGAUGGAUGGGGAAUACUACCUUAAGGUGAAGUUUCGGACUCUGCAGAUUUACUGUGCCGAGAUGCAGACGGAUUUCCCGAAGGAGUACGUGACGCUGCGCAGCGGUCAGACAGACAACUACUCUGAGGUGUACGGCCACAGGUUGAUCAACCCCUUUGAGUGUCCGUACAACGGCAGUCGCUGGCAGGACUGUGACUGCAGAAACGACUAUUCGGCAGAAGGGUACACGCUCUUCCACAAAGUUCGCCUGGACCUGAACUCCCUUCGGAUAAUGAUCACAGACCUCCAGUUUUCCCAGACUAUUCAUGGCCGGCCUGUGCCGUUUGCUACAGCAGGAGAUUGUUACAGUGCAGCCAAGUGCCCACAGGGCCAAUUUAGUAUCAACCUGAUUGGAACGGGCCUUAAAGUGGCUGCAAACACCAAGUGGACAUCUCAAGGGAACUAUGUUUCGGUUAAAGUCCACAGAUCUGAGGACGGAACGAGAAUUUACGGUCGCUGCGGCGGUUUCUGUGGGAAGUGCAUUCCCCACGCUCAUCACGGUCUUCUCCUCCAAGUUCACUGAGAGCCGAGUCAAAAACAAAUCUCUAAAUUCAAGUCUCAUGACAGUGGGCCAGGAACACACAAUAAAAGAGUCAUUUGUUGGAUCCAGUCGUCGGCCGCGAGCACGGAGCAGCGUCGUCAGCUGUGACAUCUCCGGUCUCCAGAUGGCAGCUAAUGGAUAUGCAACACAGUCCACUAAUGCCGCAUGCUGUCACCGUUAAGCGUUUCCUUAAAACUGAAGACGAGCCAGCUUUAUUUGCUUGCCAGCCAUUUUGCUGUGGCACUUUUUUUGUGGUUUGGAAAUGUAUUUACCGAUGUCGUUGUAUUACCAAGGGAGUUGGGACCUGCUGGUCACCGAGGGGCGGGGGGGGGGAGGAGCAUGCAAGAACUAGAAACAGAAGGAAAACGGCGGUGUUCUUAUCAAGUUAAAUGUUUUCAUCUUAAAACAGUCUUUUCUGAAUUUAACUUCUGUUUCUCCUGGCAAACACUUUGCUGGAGCGUUAUGCACUAAAAUAUUAAGAAAUGAAUGGUUCUCUUACUGUUACCACUUUGAGAAAAUGUAAAACUGUCAUAACUAUUAUCCAUAUGUAACUUGAGACGGUAAAUCUCUAGACUUUUUCAAAGUAACUAAAUACUGACGGUGCUCCUGACCCGCCUCACAUCAGAGGUCAAAGUUUAGGGGAACAUUUUUUUUGAAGAACUUUACAUUUUGAUUGCGAUGCUACCUGUGUGUCCCUGCUACAGUCUGUGAUCUGUCUUUAUUGUCAUUGGUACUGCUGGUAAAAAUGUGUAAGAAAAAAACAAAAAACAGAUUAGGAUUUAAGAACAAUAAUCAGGCAAAACAGAGUUCCAGUCCAGCUAAUAUGAUUAAAAUUAGCGGCACGACUAUUUCCUUGGAAACGUUGCAGCUGUAAACAAACUCACUACAUUUAACCAGUGUCACAUUUAACCUCCUCACUAAUAACAUUUCGGACUCUGCAGUCUCUAAUAUUUGAUUUCCUUUUCUUUGCGGGGACACAGACUUGGUCACAAUCAAAGUUUCUCCAGGACAGCUCAUACAUUCUGCUGCAACACAUGCUGAUCUGACGGAGAGUCACCUAAAACACACAUAACUUCACCUCUGUCUCUCAAGAUGGGCCUGACUUGACAGAUACGUCUACAGUGUUCAAGCUUUGCUGAUACAGUAAGCUAACAUUAGCAUAUUUAUUUUGAUAUGGCUUGUUGAUAAUUCAGCUUUUAACUUGAGUGCAGGUCCUUUUCAGUGUUCAUCCAUUUUUAGGUUAUCGUUGGCCAUAACUACAUCUGUCUAUGUUUAUAUUGGGUGUUAGUCACAGAGUCGCCAGUGAUUGGACACCACCUACUUUCAAAUCACUUGUUUUGAACUCUUGUCAGGAAACCGUAACAUUUUGUCAUUUCAGGACAAAUUUAAAAAUCGUCACGUCUUCACAACAUGUGGACGUUUCUGAAUCUUACUGUAUUUUUUGAUCACAGCAAUAUUUUUGGUUAGAUUCAACCAAAUUUUGCUUUAUGGUGACAAACGAAUGGUUUGUGUGAAACUAUGAAGGAAUGUGGAAAAGUACUCAAACCCGUUAAAUAUGGCGGAGAGUCUUUAAUGAUGUUUGCCUUUUUCCACCCAACGCCUUGGAAAUAGCUUAAAUAAUUCAAUUAAAUGUUAAAGCAGACAUAAAGCUGACUUUAUUCUUCUUCUGUCUCAGUCACCAGUUCUAAAUCCUGCAGAUAACCCAUAAGAAGGGAACCCUGGUCUCUGAUGAGUUUAUUCAGCAUACGGUCCUUCUCUCCGUAUGCUCCAACCUCCUAAAGAUUAUGCCCCGGUAAGAAAAGAUGAUUUAUUCACGUCUUUACCUUGGUUGCCAACAAAUGCGCUCAACACCUCGCUACUAAAUGUCACCGAGAGUCACACUGACAUGCCAACCGUUCAGGUGAACGCCUCUGCGGUGAGAGGAAACCCAGAUCGUUUCGUAGAGUAUAAGCUCAGUGUAGAAGAGUGUUAUUUCAUUGCACAAGUUCUCAUCUUUUUACUGUACAUGACACACUGUCAGGUGUGACAUCUCAGCCACUCCGUUUGGCCUACUCCAAGUCCUCACAGCCCUACCUCUCACUCGCAAGCCUCUGUACUCUGAGCUGUGUUGUAAUAUAUUUAUGUUCAACCGUAUUUAUUCUAUACUGACCUCUGAACAUGUUGUUUGUAAUAUGAUACAAUGACUACUACCAGCAGAGGAGACGCUGUCUGCUUUGCCAACAAGGUGCUCUAAUGACGUAUCGCAUAACCACUAACCUUAAAGUACUGUGCGUUUUAACCACUGGAAUUACCUCUGAUCUAAAAACGGAAAAUACGGACAUUUGGAGUAACUGUUUCUACGGCGGAGCCUCUUUUUGUUUUAACCGGCAGAGUUAGAAAUGUCUUGAUAUGUCUGAUCCCGAUGCGGGAUUCUUAGAUAUACCAGCCAAACUCAUCCCAGGGGAAAUCAUCUCCUCCCUGUGGGCGACGUGAUCUCCUAAUCCACAACUGUUACCGUGACAACCAUCAUGUAGCUUAACACGCUGGCAUGCAGAUGCUGAGCUUUUUAACCAAAGUUGUGAAACAGAUCCAGACUCUAUUCUCUCCUCAGACAAUGCAGCUUCCUCCGAUUUAAAGAACGGCUGACAAUGGUAAAAGUCGGCGAGCAGCUAGAAAACCUUUGGCUGUCGUUCAGUUUUUUUUCUUUUAUGAGAUCUGUAUCAGAAGUUUGAGAAUACUUUAUGCACUAUGUGCCAUUAACUUUGUAGAAAUGUAAUCCUGUAUGUUUUUUUUGUAAUAACCAUUACACUGUAACUUAUAUAUAUAUAUAUAUAUGUGUGUGUGUAAGUGAGUGUGUUUUUAAUAUUCAAUACUUGAAUUGUAAACAUUGUGUGUUGUAUUCAGUGGGCAUUGGUACUGAACAGAGAAAUGUUGACUUUGCUUGCCCUGCUUUAUCCAAAGAUGAUUUUAAGAAUCACAUGUAUGGUACAGUAUGUAUGGAAGUAUAUAAACAAUAUGUAUGAAUGUACGUGUGGAUGAUGAGGGGUGAUUGCUGCUCAUAAGACAUGCAUAAUUAUGGUGCUAUGUACGGUUACUAAUCAUGCAGUUACUGUACGUGCCAAUAUACUAAAGCAAGAAACAGAAAAAUAAAAUAUGCUUUUCAGCAAAAAAAAAAAAAAUGUUCCAAUACAUGAAUGUGCUUUGAUCUGAAUCAUUCCCAUUUAGUGCUGGCUGUGACUUUAGAGCGAUUGUUCUCCACGAAGCGACUGAAAACAAAUACAUGCCAGACUUUUCACUUUGGCACAUAAAUCCACUUGCAAAGAAAGGUGAUGCUUCAACAUCAUUUUGUGGAUUUAGCAGUCGUUUUAUACGACAGAGAAAUGCAAGGCAGAUAGAGUGUGAGGGGGAGGUAAGAGACAGAUUCAGAGAUGAAUAACUCAAGAAACGACAGUUUGCCUUCAGCAAAGUGUCACGAAACCACGAUGAUGAUUGGAUGUCAAAUUACAGGGCUGACUCUGAGAAUCUGAUGUCAAACUACAGCAACAACAUUUUUAAUGUCUACGCAACAUUGCAUGAAAAAAAAAAAAAAAAUAGGAUACAUUUUGUGAUCCGACAGCAGUGUCUCGUCAGUCCAGGUUUAAAAAGAGUACAGUUGGUCAGCACCGGGUCCUGCUGCAAACCACAUUGUGACUCCAUGUGGAUCCACUUAGUGCCGUGGACCGAAUUUCAACAACUUGACUUUCAAGCACUUAUUUCCACUUAAGAGUCACAUAAAACGCAACAGCAAAUACCCUGCUUUGCAGUUUCUCUCUAAUCUAGAUACGCUCUUGAGUUCUGAAGUUGUCCUUACUACCGGGUGACUCAUCCGACUGUAAUGCCAAAUCAAAGGCCGAGGUAAGCCCCACUGUAAGCGUUGGAAAAUUGUCCAGGGAAGAAAAGCCGGAUCUUAAUGACUUAAUAACAAAGGUCCAGGUACUUUAGGAAAAGAUAAACAGUUUACGUACCAGGCACUUUUCCACGGCUUAUUGCCUCAAUAUAACUUUGAUAGUAAAUGAAAACAGAUCCUGGGAUUCCUGAAGACUUGCUUUGAUUUCUGACCAAAAGGCAAGGGUUCCAAAAACUGCCAGCUAUGCUGUUAAAAGCAGUUUUUUUUUUGCGAAAAGAGAACUUCAGACUCGUUGACCCACACGCCGAUUAAAAAAACCCCCCAACAAAACAAAAAAGCAGCUUCCCAUGGCACCUCAUGUUGCGAGUAUAAACCAAGCAUCUUUAAUGACUUUACUGAAAAACAAAAAACUGCACUGAGAGUCCUCAUAAAAGACACUAAUGAUUGAUGUUUACCAUGAAGCACAGUCUGUUUUAAGGUAACGGCGCAGACAUUCCAGUGCGAUCUGCAGCUGUGACCUGCUCUCAGGAGAACAUAUACAGAAGAAGAAAAACACUAUUUCCACUGAUGCUGAUGUAUAAACAUCAGCAUAUAUAUAUAAAUGUGUGUGUGUGUGUGUGUAUUUUUGUUUUCACUUCUUGCUGGGUAUUAGGUGUUGUACUUAUGCAACAUCUGCGGCAAAAAAUAAUGGGAGAAAAAUAUACGAGAAGUCAAAUAUGAGUAAGUUUAAGAUUCACACUCCUCAUAACUUGUGGAAAAAAACUCCUCAAAGGUAAAAUGA